UUCGGAAAAUACUUUAAAAAAAGCAAACGUGUGUUGAAUUCAUUGGUAGUAUAUAAUAAGAUACCCUAGUGACAUCUUCUUUCACUAAUCGAACAUUGCUGUUUCUAUUUCUUUUCAUUUGGCACGUUAUCUCCGGCUUACAGAAAUUUUGGCGAACGGACAGUUAUUGCAUCAAUCUGACAAUCUGAGACGAGUCAAGAAAUUUAUUUGCAUCUUUAUUGUUGAACAUAUCAUCUAAAUCAUGGAAAAAUCAGCAUUAGCACAAGAGAAAGUAUGGUUUGACAAACCAUCCUAUGACAAGGCGGAACGACUAUAUUUUGAAAGAAUGGCUAAGGUGGUGUCUCAUAAAAUUAUGGAAAACUGCUCGCUCAAACCUGAAGUUUCUGUAACUAAUAAUUGUCAGACUAAUUCCUUCUUGAAUAGUAACUCUUUGACUAAAACAAAGUCUGACAGAUUUAAAGACAAUAAGUUAUUGAUUUCUGAGAAUAUUUCAAAUGAUAUGAAAAACUCUAAAUGUCAAAUAAAAAUAUCAAAAAUAAAUAAACAUGAAGAUAAAUUGAAUAUGCAAAAAAAAGAAAAUAUAGAAGAAAAGCAAAAAUCUGACAAUGUCAAAAAUGAUUUAAAAGAGAAGGAGAAAGAGACGAGUCCUUCAAGUGAUGCAUCUAAAAAAUAUAAUACGAAAGAAGUAAAAGAGAAAAAGAAUAAAGCAGAUACAAGACAUAGAAAUAGAAAACAAAAAAAUGAUAUUAAGGAAGUAAAAGAAAAUGUUACUCCGUUAAUAAGGAAUAAGCAACAGUUACCUAUUCAGGGAAAUCAACAAACUACUAGUCCAAUUCUAUCUGCUGGUGGAAGUUUAGCCAAUGAGGUUGCCAAGGCUCGUCAACAUAUUAAACAGUCUUUACAGUGUUCUUCCAAGAAUUACAAAAUGCUAUUAAAAGUUUGGAGGAACGUGUCAAAGCUCUUGAAGAUAAGGUUCAUCCUCUUGUAUCUGCUGCUCCUCCAGUAGCAGUUUGUCCUCCUAAACCUCAACCAGGUUCAAAACCAGCACAAGAAAAGGCUGAUGAUGACGAAGAUAACCAGUCCUGAUUGCCAAGUCAAAUAUCAUAUUAGAUGUAAAACCAUGGGAUGAUGAAACAGAUAUGAAAGCUAUGGAAGAAGAAGUUCGAAAGAUUGAAACCGACGCAAAACUUGUUCCGCUUGCCUUUGGGAUUCAUAAACUUCAAAUUUCAUGUGUCGUAGAAGAUGAUAAAGUUUCCGUAGAUUGGCUUACAGAAAAAAUUCAGGAAAUUGAGGAUUAUGUACAAAGCGUAGAUAUUGCAGCCUUUAAUAAAGUUUAAAAUAUUAAUGAAGCUUCCUUUGUAGAGAAAUAUCUGACGGUUCUAAUUGCAAUCAGGCAUUGGUCUGUUGUGCCAUCUUUUCAUUCCAUUAGCAAUAUCUACUUUGAUAAAUACGUUAAAUACGUGUUCUAUAUUAAACGCGAGUGUCCAGAAAUAAAAAACCUAGUUAUUGUACUCCAAUUUUAAUAUUUGAUGUGUCAAUUUAUCAAGUUUUUAAAAAUACUCAAAUUUUCAAACUGAUUGUACGAUCGAUAUAUUCUUUAUAAGGAAAAAUAUAAACAAUAAAUGUCUAACAUAAUUCGGUGUAUAAAAUUGUAACGUCAAGUAGAAACAUUUAAUUUGCUAUAGAUGCUAUCGAACAUUAAUGAUAUUGUAUGUAGGUAUAUAAUGCCAAUUACUAGUAUCAUUUUUAAUUGUUUGUCUUGGAGUAUUGUUAUUAUAAAUAAAAAUUGUC